AUGCAUACCCCUGAGGGUACGUUAGAAAGGGGACAGGCGCCCCCGCCCUAUUCAGUUCCUAAUACUGUCCACGAUGGUUUGUGCGACGGGGAAGACGAAGAAAUUAUGCAACCGCAUCUCAUGUCGCUGCCCAACAAGGACCAGUUCAGUAACUUCACUCACAGCGUUGUUCCUAUCAAGAAUGACCUCACUCCACAACAAAUAGCCAACGAAUAUGCCGUUAAUUUUCCUGCAGAUUGCCAAGGCAGCUCUCCUGAUACACCUCCACCCGGAACUGAUCUCAAACAAAGGUUGAAGCUAGGUAUUUUCGGAUGCCUGGGACCCGUUUUGGCCUUGCUAGGGAAGGGGGUGGACGAGAACAAAAACGCUCAAGAUGACUGGGAAAUUCCGUUCGAGCAAAUAACAGACCUAAAGUUCCUCGGGUCCGGAGGACAGGGAGCGGUCUUCUCCGGCCUCCUGAACAAUGCACAAGUGGCCGUUAAGAAAGUCUCCGAACUGAAAGACACCGACAUUCGAAAUCUCCGCAAACUGAAUCAUCGCAAUAUAGUGAAAUUCAAAGGGGUUUGCACGCAGGAGCCAUCCUGCUACUGUAUAGUUAUGGAAUUCUGCCCUUACGGGCCUCUGUUCGAUCUGCUGAAGAAUCAGAAAAACAAUGUCACUAUUAACAGGGUAGUAUCGUGGGCGAAGCAGAUAGCUGACGGAAUGCAUUAUCUACAUAGCCAUAAGAUCAUUCACCGGGAUUUGAAAAGUCCAAAUGUUCUAAUAGGCGAGGGCGAAGUUAUCAAAAUCAGCGACUUUGGCACAUCCAGAACGUGGAACGGAGUCAGCCAGAAGAUGACUUUCGGAGGAACCGUCGCGUGGAUGGCCCCGGAAGCGAUCCAGGAAUUAGCUUGCAACGAAAAAGUCGACAUCUGGUCCUUCGGCGUAGUCUUGUGGGAACUGAUAACCUGCGAGGUCCCGUACGAUGGCAUGAACCAAGGAGCGAUUAUGUACUCGGUGGGAUCCGGAAAACUUACACCCCCUAUACCGUCAACUUGUCCUGAAGGCUUUAAACUAAUCAUGCAAAUGUGCUGGAAAUUCAACCCGAAAGAACGGCCUAAUUUCAAGCUGAUUCUCAACCAUCUGGAAAUAGCUUCGGUGGAAAUCCUCUCGGAAUACGAAGACAAAAACUUCUUCAAAACGCAAGAGAGCUGGAAAAAGGAAAUCCAAACUGAAAUGUAUCUGUUUUGCGAGCAGCUGCGGAGACACAAAGUCGAGUAUCAACUCAAAGAAGAACAGCUUAUAAAACGCAGGGAGCUAGAGCUCAAACAUAUUCGCGAUAUUCGAGAGGUGUACGAUAGGAGGGUCGAAAAAGUUAACCAGAUGAUCGUAGAACUGGCCUGCCAAUUGCAGCAGGUGGGGAGGCCGCGACCCAAUGUUAGACAGAGGAAGAUAUUGCCGAGGUUCAAUAAUAAUCGAAGGAGACCUGGCAAUCAAAGUACCACGCCAACUAGUCCUGAAUGUAGUCUCACAAGUCCAGAUAGUCCACAGAUUGCUCCAGUGAAACCUCCUCAAUACACCCGACUGAAACAAGACACAGACACUGUUUUGCAAUCAACAACAACUCAAACUGCCAGCGUCAGCUCUCGAAAAAGGCACAGUAGAACAAACUCAGGUUCUCCUCGCAAUUCCAGAUGUUCGAGGUCAUCUGGAUCGAGGACCUCAAUAGUGGUGGAUGCCGAAACCCAAACGGAUUCCAUGGACAUCAGCGAAACGGACCUGAGCCCCACCGCGAGUUGUCCCCCCACCUCGAUUUGUCCGACUACUUCGUGUUCAAACACGCUUGUUUAUCCUCAGCGGGUAAUCCUGCAGGAGUUCAGGAACGGUUUGUCCGAAGAGGGAUCCAACGGGAACUGUGUGCAGUUGCAUUAUAUGGUCCCUCAUCCAGAGCCAGCAGUCCAGGUGUUCACCAGAGUGGAUUCCCGAAGUACGAGCCCCAUUGACUUCGAUUGUGAGGACAGCGUGAACCGGAAUAUUGUUCCUGGUGCAUCAAGUGAAGAGGAUAACCUAGAAACCAUUGGCAGGAAGGUUUCAGCCAUCAAAAUAGCAGCUAUUUUCUCACCAGAAAAUGGAAAUCUCUCAAGUGGUAUUAGCGAUAUGGGCGACAUGAUUAGACAGAGGACGAAUUCAGAAACCAGAGACGAUUUGGAUAGUACCGAAGAUGCCGCAAAUGAAGAUAGUUUCACCGACGAAGAAGGAGAGGUUUAUAAUCAUUCGCUAAGGAGACGGAGCAAACCAGGAAAAGAACCCCUGAAAUCCAGUCUGGCCAGAAGACCGAUCUACCCUGGUCGUAGAUCAAACCGGUUCAAAAUGAACCUCGUCCAGUUCCAAAGAGAACCAAAUGCAUCAGACGAAGGCAACACCUCCGAAUAUUCACCCUCGAGCAAAUCUUCAACCUUGGAAUCGAACCCUGACCGACUUCGACUACCUAACCUUUCUGUCAAAAGGUCUAGCGAGAGCAUAGAUGGCGCCUCUGACAGCGAUUCAGAGGAGACCACCACGAUCGCUACGCAAGUAUCCUAUAAAAUUACAGCAUGAACAAAGCAGAGAGUGCAGUCUGAAUCGAAGAAGCGUGGAUGUGAUUUUGUUUUAGUCUUUAAGUUUUAUUCCUAUGUUUUGUUUUAUUGUUAUUUUGUUCUGGGAUAUUCGAAUUUAUACACUUUUUAUGGGUCGGCAUGGCUCUGGAUUCCCAAAGAUACUUUACAGAGUGUUUCAUUAUGAAUUUCGUAGUGAAUAUGAGUCCCAAUGCUACAGAUACAGGAAUGUUAUCAGUUAACCAUAUAUCAGUUGGCAGAUACGAAUGGCAUUGGUAACAAUUGAAAAACCAUUUCUGAUCAGUGGAAAAAUGACAAAAGUAAACCAAUGAUCAUGUUCGGCUUUGACUAAAAUAUAUAUUUUUUGAAAUCUUAUAUAAAGUCGCCAAAGAACAAAUCUAUAUAUAUUAGAACAUAGGCCGGAGAACAAAGGCCGUUGUGAAAAGAAACUUGUAGUACCAUAUGUUUAGUCUGCUAUCUAGGCAGACACCUUCGGUAAUGUAUGCGUUCACUGCGAAGACGAAGGUAGAAUCUUGAAGUCUUAGCAACAUGUCUCAUAUACUUAGUCUUUGCUGAGACUUCGAGAUACUUUCUACUUCCAGGUAGUCAGUGCCUAUACCACUGAAGAUGUCCGUCUUAGUAGUAGAUAAAACGUUAAUUACAAGUUCUUUUAAACCACAGCCCAAAGCUUGUUUUUUUUCUCUAAUCGAUACCCACACCCACUAUUCUUGGAGAAAUGUUCUAGUACUAUAGGAAUAUAGUAAAAACAACCCAAAUCUACUAAACAAAGAAGGUAUACUGUUUGUGAUAUGUCAAAUGAGUUUAAAAAUGAUAACGUCAGACUGCAAAAGUAAAUCAUACUUUUAUAAGACUUCAUAUUUUCAAAAAUUUCAGAAUGUUGUACUAUUUUCAGAUUAUAAUUUUCUGAGGCUAUUUUGAAUAUUGAAUUGAAUAAUUUGAAUAAUUGAAUAAUCUAAUCUAUAUUAGAUAAGUACUGUACUAUAUUCUCCACCCAUUCCAAUUAUUUUCUCAAAUAUGUGAAAACAAAGAUGAAUAAGUAGAGGAAAAGAGGAGCAAGAAGAAUGAAAAUAAUCAACUGAGGAGGAACUUACGAAAAAAUACCAUAGACAAAAAUGACAAAACAGCUGGCAAAGACGUUAGUUUUUAUGAAUUGAUAAAACUCGGAGGUGAAAUGUAUGAGCAAAUAUACUGAAAAAGGGCGAAUUCGUGGGGGAUAAUGGGGGUAAUAAUCUCCUUUCCCCCGACAUCAACAUUCAGUACAUCUCAAAUGGAGAAGUAGAAAGCCAAAAUCUUUUCCCAAAAACCUUUCUUUUUCAAAAACCAAUGUCUCCAAUAAAUAUAUUUCUUUCAAUUAUUUUCAAAUGAGUAUUGUAACAGCAAUUAAUAACGAUUUAUCGUUAUAAAAAUUGAACUUCGCCUUUUGUUUCCAACUUAUUCAUAUUUUUGUCCAUAGUGUUCAUUAACUGUUGAACCUUAUUAGUUGUAAACAAUAAAGACAUUUAUUAUUAUUAUUAUUACAUACUUUCAUAUAUAAAUUAUUUCCCUAAAAUGACCCCUCUUCUCUCGAAAUUUAGUUUUUUUAAGUAACACUGAAACAAACUAUGCUAUCCUUACAAAGGCUUUUUUACUCAUAUUCAUUUCUUCAUCAUAUAUCAAUAAGAAUAUGUUCUCUUUCUCUUUGUAUGGCCGUUGCUUUCCUCUCGGGCGCAUUCGGCCACUUUUCUCCUGUCAUUUGUUGACAGGAGCUUUUGUGGGGGCAGCAGUCUUGCUUGAGGCAAUGCUGCCACCCUUUAGUAUUUUCUCACAAUUUUUGUACAUAAAAAACUUCAUCAUUUUCUGUUUCUACUUUUUUAUUUUCAAUAUUCAAAACAGUGUUGCAAGAUUAACAUGUUAUGCUACUUUUCAUUUCAUUAAAUGGUCUCUGGAGACGUUCGUAUCUAUCCUAUGUUUUUUGCAAGGACUUAUAAAUAAUUCAUGAAACAUUCUGAACUAUUUCCAUUUAUCUGUAUCCUGGUAUACAAUCAACAUACCUUGUAUCUGUAUCUGUAGAGUAGGGAGGGUGAGUGUAGGCCCACAGCACUCAGGCCACAUUUGACCCAUUCUAC